UGGAGAAAGAAAUUCAUGGCAAACCUGGUGAAGGCGGGGUUACACAUGGAAGAAGAAGCAGUAGAGAGCGAAAAUAGUGUCAUCCACUUCAUCAAGCUGUCGGCUCCUUGGCCAGUACUCGUCCACUACGCGGAACAACUCUGCAUCAGGGCACCACUGCAGGCGCAUCCGAACCCAAGUUGUAAUUGGUCCGAGCACUUGUUGCGGACGGUAUUCAUUCCGAACAUUAUGCGUGAAGAGGUUCCCAAUAAACCUCUGGAUUACUACACCUGCGCCUUCAAGAAAUCGAAGAUUGACAAGUUCCUGGGCAGUGACAACCAGGACGAGUACUUCACCCGGACACAGCGCAUUCGCAUAGUGCACGCGAUACUGCAAACGGCGGCGUACGGGAAGCGGCGCCGGGCGCAAAUCGGCAUCGAUAGACUAACUGAGGAAGGUGCUUACGCAGCUGCUUUCCCACUGCACGAUGGACCCUACCAGCUGCCCGACAGGCCCGUGGCUCCCGAGAAUUUGAACAAACGCCAGAUUCUAUACAACUACUGGGCCCGAUGGGGGAAGUGGUACAAAUAUCAACCACUGGACCACAUUCGAGAGUAUUUCGGAGAGAAGAUCGGGAUCUAUUUCGCUUGGUUGGGGUUCUACACUGGAUGGCUACUGCCCGCUGCAGUAGUCGGUCUAGCUGUCUUCCUGUACGGUGUCUUGACCAUGCACAAUGACACCCCCUCGAAUGAGGUUUGCGAAAGCGGCAAGACGUUCCUGAUGUGCCCUCGCUGUGAAGAGAACUACGGCUGCGUCUACUGGCAUCUGAGUGACAUUUGCAUGUUCAGCAAGCUCUCCUACCUGUUCGAUCACCCGGGCACUGUCUUCUACGCAGUCUUCGUUUCCUUCUGGGCGGUUUCCUUUUUAGAGUAUUGGAAGAGAAAGAGCGCGAGUCUAGCUCACCAUUGGGAUUGCAUGGACUUUGAAGAGGAAGAGGAACGACCUCGUCCUGAGUUCGCUGCCAAGGCCCCUUGCGUGGAGAGAAAUCCGAUCACUGGUAUCAAGGAACCUUCUUUCCCAAAUACGGUCAGGUACAAGAGAAUAGCUGUAGGAUCCGGAGCCAUCCUCGUCAUGAUGGCUCUGGUGAUGAUCUUCAUCGUAGCAGUAAUCCUGUAUCGUGUUCUGGUGUCCAUCUUCUUAUUCCGGACGGACACGUUUCGCGGGGCGGCCUCCCUCAUUGCCAGUUCGACGGGUGCCCUGGUCAACCUGUUGCUCAUCAUGGCACUCGGCCGUGUCUAUGAGAAAUUGGCCCUCAAACUCACACAGUGGGAGAUGCACCGCACGCAGACGGAUUUCGACGACAACUUGACUUUCAAAGUAUUCAUCUUCCAGUUCAUCAACUUCUAUUCGUCCAUCUUCUACAUCGCCUUCUUCAAAGGCAGGUUCGUCGGCUAUCCGGGACAUUAUCGGAAAAUGCUGGGCCUGCGGAACGAGGAAUGUGGCAACAGUGGCUGUCUAAUGGAACUGGCUCAGCAGCUAGCCAUCAUUAUGAUUGGGAAGCAAAUCAUCAACAAUGCUCAAGAAAUUCUGGUUCCGAAACUAAAAGCCUGGUUUCACAGGAAGCGGACCAAGUUGGGUUCUGUGAUCAAGCUGACGAGGUGGGAGGAAGAUUACCAGCUCAUAGAAAACGAGGGACUCUUCCAAGAGUACCUCGAAAUGGUGCUACAAUUCGGCUUCAUCACUAUCUUCGUGGCUGCUUUUCCGUUGGCUCCCCUAUUUGCCCUACUCAACAACUGGGUGGAGAUCAGACUGGACGCACAAAAGUUCGUCUGCGAGACGAGGAGGGUGGUCGCCGAGCGCGCGCAAAACAUCGGCAUCUGGUUCAGCAUCCUGGAACUGCUGUCCCAUCUGGCCGUCAUCAGCAACGCGUUCCUGAUCGCUUUUACCUCGGAGUUCCUACCGAAGAUGCUGUACGAAUACGAAUACAGUUGGGAUCUGAAAGGUUACGUCAACUUCACUCUCGCCUGGGCACCCAAUGGAACGCUCACACAAGAAUGCAGGUACUCGGACUUCCGGGACCGUGGUGGGAACUUGACUACUUUCUACUGGCGUUUGUUGGCUCUGCGACUAGGUUUUGUUAUUCUGUUUGAGCAUCUUGUGUUCGCCGUGUGUCGCCUCAUUGACAUGCUGGUCCCGGACAUCCCCGUGGCCCUAGAACUGAAAAUCAAGCGGGAGAGGUAUCUGGCCAAACAGGCGCUCGCCGACUCGGACACCAUCAUGAAGGUGGCACAGAGACGAGACGAGGACGAUGAUGAGGAGGAGGACAGCCCAAACCGAGGUGCUUCAGAACUACCUUUCAGCCAGCACGAAGAAUCAGCCAGAACGUGAAUUCUUCCUUCGCCCAUCUUUCUCCAAAUUGAACUUCAGCCUGGCGGA